ACUAUAUGGGCUAUAUACGGGCUGUGGUGCAAUGCUGUGAUCAAAAUUUCCUCCAAUCUUCUCAUACAGUAGGCCAACUUCGUACUUGUGAGGUAGUGUGGUCUUUGUAUAAGACCAGAGGCAUGACACACUGCUUUGGAAGUAAAAUAACUUUCCUUAAUACCCAAAUGAGGACAUUUUCUACGACAACUUUAGGUGAGGAGAGCCCAGACACAUCACCAAAGGAGGAAGGGCCCGAAGAGAAAGCUUUCUGUACGUCUCCCUCCCUCUGAGGUAUCUUGAACUUGUCCAACCUGUUCCAAAUGCAUUCUGGUAAAGAAUCUCAACUCAAGGAAACGGUGGUGAUUUACUUUUCCCUUUUCACACAGAUUUGAUAUCGCACUCUGGAAGACCUCAAGAUCAGUGUUUUCUUCAAUUUUUGUCAUCUCUGCUUGGAUCUAGGACUUGGUGGUGGGACUGAUGUUCUCUAAUCCAUGACUGAGGACCUGGAGUUUGAUAGGGAAGCUGAUUCAGUGCAUGGGAAUCAGUCUACCUCAGUGGACAUCAGGGAAACCUUACCCACCGGUCAACUCUCAAGGAAAAGGAGCGGUCUAUUCGCCGGAUAGCAGUGUGCCAUAGCCAUGGUGCUGCUGUAUUUUCCUGGGCCACGGCUGGCCCAUUUCCUUGGCACAGCACUUCUCGUUUACCUGAACCUCAGCUGGAGUUUGCAAGAUUCCACUUACACGUAUAAACCUGAAAACAUCACUUCAGCCAGUGGUGACUCAGCAACCUUCAAGUGUGGCAUCUCCUCCUCCUCCUCCUCCUCCUCAUCAUCAUCAUUACUGGUCUUCUCAAUACAGGGCAAUAACAACAUCACAAUGAGCUGCCCAGGAAAUGUAUCUGAGUCCUGGACCAUUGAAGCUUUAAAGUGGUCAUGCUCUGUGACCGAUGGCAAGGUGCUGGCUGUUUGGACCGUCACCGGCACCUCGCUACCUGAUAAUGGCACUGUGUUCAGGUGUCAAGUGGAAGGACAGCCAGAUGCUGUGGGAUAUCUCUGGGUCUACGUAAGCAGCAGCUACUUUGGUGUUCUCAUCGGCUGUGUGAUUGGAGGGUUUUUUGGCAUCCUGAUCGUCUUUGGCCUAAUAUGGAUCUUCCUCCAGAAAUCAGAAUCAUUUCGGGAAUGCUUUGGGGGAAAGCAAGAGGAGGAUGAAUGUACAAUAGUGGAGGACUCAAAGGGACACUGAGCUGAUUCAUUCCGGCAAUAACAACUCGCCUAGCAGCCAUGGCAGACUGAGGUGGCUACUUUCAGGUCACAAGUGUGAUGGAGUAGGAAUUGAUGACAACAUUUGUGUUUGUUUUUUGGACUAAAUGUACAGUUGGCAUUAGCAUGUUUAAGCAUCAUUAGCUUACACAUGCCAUUUCCUCAAAUGUUUCUUGUAGUGAACAAACGUGCAAUUUCCCCAUAUGUCCAGCAGGUGGUAUCUUUUCCUCCAAAACAAUGAGCUAUAAUAUGGUGAGGGUUUCCAAACACCUGUUUAACUAUUUUCUGUGGAUUGGCAAAACGUUAUGACACAAACUAAGAUUUUGAUCAGUUUUGUUGAUUUUUAAAAAUAAAACUAAACUAAAAGCCAUUCUUUGGCACUCAAUGUUAACUAGCUGUUCUUGUCAGUACUGUGACUGAGUGUGCCUGUGCCUGUCUGAAUGAAAACAGCUGCAGGAUUGAGCUUGUAAAAGAGAAACAGCUCUGAAUGAGCAGUGGGGAAAGUAGAUCAAUAUUGACACAGAUGUCUGCCUUGGCCUUUGAAGGACAGUUACAGAAAAAAAAACAUGUCAUCCAAAGUACCGGGCAGGCCUACUCAGUCUCAAAACAUUAUAUGUAGAUUUAAGUGGAUUACAUGUGGAUGUAAAUUCAAUAUAUUUCUGAAAAAUGCCAACAUUUUUUUUAUUUACCAUUAUCAUAUUUUUGCACUUUUUGCACUCCAAAAAAAAUCAAGCACUUAUCCCCUUAAGACACUACCCCUGUUGUAAAUUAGCUGUUACCAGAAUGGCAAUGACCAAGUUGUAAUGUUUUACUAAAGGCCCUGUGCACUAUCAUAGUGGUGUAGUGCUAUGGUACAGUAGUUACAUUUUUUCAUUGACUAUUACAACAUCCCAGUGGCGGGACGGUACCCGAUAAGAGGUUACAGGAUUCUCUAAGUCUCUUGAUUGGUCACACAACAAAAACACAUGUUUAAUCAUUACAUUCCAGUUAUAGGUUAUGUACACAAUUACAGUUGUUCAGAGCCUGUAGGCUAAUCAUAAAGAUGUAUGUAUUACUUUGAAAUGGUUCAUGUAGGGAACCUGUUGUCUUAACAGUUGUUUGAAGCUCUGAGAAAAGUUAUUCUGUGGCAUCAGUCUGAAGAAACAGCACUUGUCCCUAUUUAAAGUGUGAGAGAUGCGAUUUUCAGAUGUACAUACUGUAAUGAACACUGAGUUUAAAAAAAACUUGUCUUUUUACAUUUAACAAUGGUUUUAGAUUAUCCAAAGAUUCCCUCUCUUAUAUUAUUUAAGAAUGUAUUCUCAUUAAUAGCGCAAGAUACACUAUAUUCGAAGAGCUCUUUUCCAAAAUGAGAUAUCCACCAUUUUUGACUUUUUGCAUUUGAAUAUUGGAAUUGACUGUUAGGAAGUCCAAUCAUCUAUGUUUGACUUCUUGCCAUUCAAAUGUUUUGAGAGCAGAUGUUUAAACCUCUACAAAAAUGCACUUUGCAGUGCAAUUCAAUGGAAUGCCCGAUACAAAAAAAAUCAAUUUCCCAACAUUCUACUAAAUGGAUAUGUCUCAUUUUGGAAAAGAGCUCUUUCUGUGUAUAAUUACACAGGAUUGCAUUGGGGUAUUUUGAAUGUAGAAACCAUCAGUCUGCAUAUAUGCUCUGAAACAUCCAGGCCUAACCUGUAUUAGCGUUUUUCAUGACUUUCCAGACUUUCAAGAUAUUUUUGUGGUGGCCCCUAGGUGACUGGUGUGUAAUCUGAGCUGGGGAGCCCUGACAAAGGAUCAAUAGGUGUCGUACCGGGGCAUUGUUUCUGCUAUCAGGUUUUGGACACUUCCCUACAAGACAAAUCACAGAAACUACGUAAUUAUUAACCACAUUCCCAAGUCAUGUUUCGCCAUCAUUGACUGCUUUCCCAAUGUAGACAUAGCAAGUAAAUACUUUAAGCAAGGUGCUGUGUAUUAUUUUAGUUUUUUUAGUUGCUUUCAGUUGCUUUAUUUUUAUUAUUUAGUCGCGUUUUGUCUCAAUUAAGUUUGUAACAGCUGUUAAUAAAUAUUUUAAAUAAUAUAAACACUGUGGACAAUCUGUUUUUGUAUCAGAAUCGCGAGAUGUGGUUUUGGUUAUAUUACACUUAGGCCUACACAUUACAUUUAACUCACUAGUGUAAUGUUUGAGGACACAAGCUGUGUGUGUGUGCACAAGAGCCAUUUUCUUUUCGUGCCGUGCCGUGCUGUCCACACAUUUCCCAGCGUUAUCGCCCCUUCAGCCACCACACUGUACGAGCUAAGGCAUGCAGGGCUAGCUUUGUAUAAAUAGCGCAACACAUUCAGGUCUUACCCCCACCAAACUGCAUUCAGGUAGUGUUUAUUUUAGAGUGUCUUUUAUGUCAUCACUAAAGACAAAAUUCCAUU